AUGGAAGGUGCCUGUUCUCAAAAAUCUAACACUAACAGUGACACUGGCGAUCCUGCAAACAUUUCAGACGAUUCUGACGAACUCGAUGAAUUUGACAAUUGUGGUCUUGAAGCUAUUAAUGAUGCUUGCAAAAUUAUAUAUGCAGAUCAACCUAAUCCACUUCAGGCAAUUGCAGUUAAAAAAUACUGGAUGGGUGGGCCCGACCCACUUGACUUUGUGAGCAUGUACCACAAUGAGGGAGACAGCACAAGGAACAUUCCACCUCACUGGCAUUAUGUCAGCUAUGGCUUCAGUGAUCUCUAUGGUGAUGGCCGAGUACACAGAAUGGGUUCAAGAGGAGAAGCAAGUGGGUUUGGUUUUGAGUUGACAUUUCGGUUGAAGAGGGAGAAAGAGGAGGAGGAACCACCCCUGUGGCCACAGAAUUUGAUGAACAGGCUGGCUAACUAUGUGUUUCAAACAGGAAAUGUCCUUCUAGUUGGGGAUCACAUUCCCUGGCACAAGCCCCUGGAUGGUACAACGUUUUCACAUGUUCAGAGCAUGCUGAUAGCUGAAGAUCCCCAACUUUUCGACUUGGACACACCGUAUGGAAUUGUCGAGUUCAGGCAGAUUGUUGGUGUCACCAGUGAUGAGGUGAAGGCUGCUCAGAAGUGGAAGGGAGCUGGAAUCUUGGAAAUGCUGAUCAAUCAUCCUCAAGUCGGGCCCUUCUUUGUGACUGACCUGUCGAGAGAGAAAUCUAUAUUUGAUCAAGAUGCAGGGUUAUUUCAACUGGUAAAUGAAGGGGUAGAGAACGAUGGAUCUAACCUUGGUCAUGUGACCGCAGUGUGUACGUGGACAAAUAUCAGUCAAACCUCAGAGGAAUCUGUGAGAACGUCACAGCAGCUUGUUGUUGGUGAUGUGGAAGGAGCAAGUGGAGGCGUCCCAGGAGAGGACAAGGAGAAUGAAGACAUCAGUCCUCCUCCACAGCUUGUGGACGCUGUUCAUCUUUACUUUGAUGCCGAGGCGGCAGAACUGUUACCUUUGGUUGCCAGAGCAAGAUUAAAAAAAGGUCAGUACUUUAUAUUCCACAAUGCAGAAAAAGAAGCGAUUCACUUCAUUCCAGCCCAGUCCAGUGCAGACGUCACUUUAAUGGUGGAUGAUGCCAAUCCGAUGGUGGCCCAAGGGACGUAUAUUCAGAUUUUAUGUUCGCCAUCUUUCAUUGAAGAAAUGUCACAAGAGUUUGAAGGAUUACAAAUAAUAGAUGAGACUAUAGCCAAUUAUCCAAAAGAAUACAGCUUUUCCUCUCCAUGUGUGAAAGUGACUGUAGUGGCCAGAGGGACACAUGUACCGGUACUGGUCAAUGAUUCGGAGAUACUCCAGUGACAUUUAUAGUGUCAGUGCUUGUAUUCUACACUGGGUAACCUCGCAGUACAACAAGCUACAGCUGGUGUCUGAUGAGCUUACAGGAAUCCAAAUUGGGCAGAUGUGUGUUACCAUAUUACGGGCUCCCAUUUUUGUAGAGGGCGAACGCUGGUUUUUGCCCGAAGUACAUAAAAAUUACCAAAUUUGGAUAACAACAUUUAUUCAUAUUAGCAAUACUACCAAACAGCUAUAUCAGGUUACAAACAAAUCACUACGCAUUUUUACGUGAUUACAACUAAAUUUGAGCGUAGAAUGAUGAAAAUAUAUGGUAAAAAGGUCUCAGGUUAGCACAUUUUGCCUGAAUAUUGUAAUACAUUUUGCCCAAAUUUGAGGUUUUGCACCCGCCCCCCAUGUCUUGUAUGCUUAUGUGUGUUACCCAAUAAUCAAAAGUUCCCAAGAAAGCAUCUUAUAGAAAAAUGGAUGCAGGGUGUUAACAAGUGUUUCCUGAUCGAGUGCACACGGAAUGUUGAUUAUCUUGUGUUAAUUCAGCUGCACAGCUGGCAGCAGAUUAACAGUGGGCCGAUCUAAAUGUGUCACUGUUGAUUUAAACCAUAUUUAUUAUUAACACAAAAUAUUUAUGGUGUUUUCAACAACAAAUGAUUUGUUUAUUGAAAUAUGGACACAAAGACCUAUAUAUAAUAUAGGAAAGGAUUGUUCAAUAGGCAAUGCAUAUAUUAAAAGCUCUCUAAAAAAUCAUAUAAAACAUCUAAAUACAAAUAGCAGGAAAAUCCACAUACGGGGUUUUUUCACAUUUGUACUGAGGGUGUAAACACAUUACCUCUACUGAAUGCAUUUUAGAAUGAAAUCCUAAAAAGCAAAAAAUUUGACACAUAUUUAUAAUAGCUGUAUUCCACUACCACUGCCAAACCUCUGAUUAUUUCAUAUGAAAUUAUUGACAGUGGACAAAUAUUUACUGAUAUAUAAUACUAUAUAUUAAAUAUAUAUAUUCUGUUAAUAUUUUGAAGUUUGAAGUCCUUGACAAAGGACAAAUUAACCACAGAUUUAUAUCAAUUGUUCUACAGAUGUUCUGUAAAUAUACAUGCAAGUUGAUCUCACAUAAGCAUAUUUAUGUAUUUAAUUUUUUAUCGUGACUAUAUUCUAUUCUUGUGCCACAAGCUUGUACUGAAAUAGAGCAGACUUAUUGCAGCCGUUUUAUAAGUCUGCAAUAAGUUUGUUAUAAUCAUGCCUGUUCUUAGAGCAGAUCUGCAAUAAUGUUCUGAUGAUCUAACCAGAGUUCCUAUUGAGAACAGGAACCAUAUUCUCAAAGAUAUGUAAAUCUAAAGUGGUUGCAACUUUGAAUAGUAUCUUUAAAUUAACGCCAAAUAAAGUAGUUGGGAAGUAACAAUUAAUAUUUGUAAGGGAGGGGUUGACAGGGUAGGUUUGAUCAGGGGAGGUUGUUACCUGUUAAAGUUGUAUUGUAACACUUUAGCAAGCCAAUUUUUUAAGCGUCCAAAAUGUCUGUCAAAAUAUUUUUAUCUGUAGUUAGAAGCUGACCCUCAGGGCUCACCCUGGAUCAAAAAUACCUGUAGCUAAUUAUAUACAAACUGGAAUAAAUCUGAAUAACAAAAUGUCAAUGGGGGUAGGGGCAGUUAAUAUAUUACUUCAAUUUUUCAGUGGGGGUGGGGUGAUGCAUUAUCUUCAGGGUUGGAAGCCAGAAUCUCGUACACACACACACACACACACACACACACACACUUCUAAGGCCUAUGACAUUAAAUUAACAAACAUACAGAAAUAUGGGGGUGGGUGGAUGUUUAUGGAGGGUGUUGUUUUCUCUUCCUUUUUUUCCCAAAUAAAAAUUUCAGAGCUUUUUAUUUAAUAUAGAGGUCAUUUUUUCUUUAAAUAGCUAUCUUUAUGUUAGUUUGAAUUGCUUUUUGGGGGGCUUUUUUGUUCCAAGUAACCCAUCAAUUCCCCACCCCAAACAAUUUCAUAAUAUGUGCCAUGUUCUUGCUGUUGAUUUCAGCAUCAUGUUAAAUUUUUGUUGUGAUUUCUGCUUGCAAAAUACCUAGGUUAAGAAU